CGCCAAUCCCUUCUCAGUCCCCUUCAUAUCAAUCAAGCAAAUUUCCCGCCCACUUUGCGUCGCCCUCCUUUCUCCAAACUUCCUGUCCUGGGCACACAGCAGCCCCCAAGGCAGCAUUUCUCCAAGCAUAGUCCAGGGCCUCUGACUGCAGGAAGGGAAAAACUUUACAGAGAAAGGGAAAUGUGCGCAGAGUUGAAAGGAUGAAUAAGAGUUCAGCAGGCAGAUAAGGAAGGGGAAACACACUACCGGAAGCAGGAAGAGUUAGAACAAAGGCACAGAAACAGGAGAGAAUGGGGUUAUAUUCUGGGAACUUCGAGCAGUUUGGAAUGACUGGAACUUUAUAGAGCAAGAGGGGACUAAGCAGGAGGUGAAGCUGGCCAAGGUUGGAUUGCAGAGGGUUUUAAGUGCCAGACUCUAUGAAGGCAGGUACUAUUUCAUUAGGCCCAUUUGCUAGAUGAGAAAACUGAGGCAGAGAGGCUAAACUGAUUAUCUAAGGCCACACAACUAGCACCUAGUGGCAGAGGCAGGACACAGACCCAAAAGUUGGGCUGCAGAGCCCACACUCUUAACCACUUCACUAAACAGCCUCUUCUGGACUUUAUGCCCCAAGUCACCAGGCAUGGUGGGCCUGUCCUUGACCUCUCUGCCCGGCUAACAGGGCCUUCUGUGCUCACCCCAGGUUCCUUCACCUAUCACGCGCUGCUCACCGAUCCCCAGAAAGAUGGCUGGCCCAUUAACCUUCACCCUCCUCUGUGGUUUGCUGGCAGUGACUUUGGCUGAAACCACCCUCCGCCCCCCUGCGGUUCUUAGCCUCGGCCGUGAAGUCAUCAAAGAGAGGCUGACACAGGAGCUGAAGGAUCACAACGCCGUCAACAUCCUCCAGCAGCUGCCACUGCUCAGCACCAUACGGGAGAAGCCAGCCGGGGGCAUCCCCAUACUCGGCAACCUGGUGAACUCCAUCCUGAACCAUAUCAUCUGGCUGAAAGUCACCUCAGCCAACAUCCUCCAACUGCUGGUGCAACCCUCAGAUGCAGGCCAAGGGCUGGCGGUCAAGAUCCCCCUGGACAUGGUGGCUGGACUCAACACGCCCCUGGUCAAGACCAUCGUGGAGAUGCACAUGCAGACAGAGGUCCAAGCCAUCAUCACAGUGAACGCCAGUGAGAGGGGCCACACCCACCUCGUCCUCGAGGACUGCUCCAAUAGCCAUGGGAGCCUUCGCAUCAGCCUGCUGCAAAAGCUCUCCUUUCUGGUCAACUCCUUAGCCAACAAGGUCAUGAGACUCCUGGUGCCAGCCCUGCCCAAACUGGUGAAAACCCAGCUGUGUCCUGUGAUCAAGGAGGCCUUUGAGGACAUGCAUGUGGACCUCCUGAGCCUGGUGAGGGCGCCCAUUUCCCUCGGCUCUAACCACCUGGAGUUUGACCCUCUGUCUCCUGCCAUCAAGGGUAAUGUUAUCCAGCUGAAGCUGGGGGCCAAGUUGGUGAACUCUCAAGGAAAUGUGACCAAGUGGUUCAAAGAGUCUGCAGUUUCCCUAACAGUGCCCGCCCUGGACAACACCCCUUUCAGCCUCACUGUGAGGCAGGAUGUGGUGAAUGCUGCUGUAGCUGCCUUGCUCCCUCAAGAAGAACUCGUAGUCCUGUUGGACUAUGUGCUUCCUGAGCUGGCUCGCCAGUUGAAGUCAAGCAUCAAGGUGAUCAGUACCAAGGCUGCGGAUCAGCUGGGGCCCACACAGAUGGUGAAGAUCCUAACUCAAGAGACCCCAGAUCUCCUUCUGGACCAGGGUACUGCCAAGGUGGCCCAAUUGAUCGUCCUGGAAGUAUUCGCCACCAAUGAAGCCCACCGCCCCUUCUUCACCCUGGGCAUUGAAGCCAGCUCAGAAGCUCAGUUUUACACCAGAGAUGACCGACUUAUGCUCAGCUUUAACGAAAUCAGUUCUGAUCGCAUCCACUUGAUGAACUCAGGCAUUGGCCUGUUCAACCCUGAACUUCUGAAAAACGUCACCACUGAGAUCCUCAACUCCGUCCUACUGCCAAACCAGAAUGGCAAACUAAGACCCGGGAUCUCGAUACCGAUGGUGAAGGCCUUGGGAUUCGAGGAAGCUUCGAGCUUUCUUACCAAGGUGAGUGGGAUUAAACAUCCUGCCCCAGGGAGGGCACAGUUCCUGGGGAGAGUCCUGAGCUGGGAGGUAGGGCCCGCACUCCAAUGCUGACCCCACUGGUCACUCAUGGGGGGCCUUGGACAAGUCCCUUCUUUUCUCGUGGCCUCACUUCUUCAUCUAUAAGUGUAAGAGUGCAACUGUCCUAGCCUGGGGUGCAUUUGUCUCCGGCUCUUUCUGUUCGACCUGUUAUUCAUUCAUUCACUCAUUCAUUCAUUUGUUCAUUCAUUCAGCAAGGCUUGGCACACCGUAAAUGCUUAAUAGAUGCUCGCUGAGCAAUGUCCCCUUGGCACCUACUAGGGAGUGAGGCUAUCACAGCAUCACUCCCACCCCCAAAUAUUAUCAUUAACAAUAUUUAAUAGCCCAUAAUCACUCUGUGCCAUUCAACAGCAUCUUGUUCAGUCUUCACAUUCACUCUAUGUGGUAUAUCCCCAUUUUGCAGACAGAGAAACUGGGACUCGUGAAUGACAAAUCCAUUUCCAAGGACACACACAAUAGGUGGCAAAGUUGGGAUCUGCACUCUGCACCUGCCCUCAUAACACCUGCUUUGGUCCCCAACUUCUGCAGGAGCCAAUGACAGUGAGGUGGGCUCCUCUCAGUCAGCCAGCCAAUCAGCAGGCAUUUAUUAAGCACUUACUGUGUACCAGGCACUGAUCACAACAGUGAACAAAACAGACAGAAACCCCUGCCUUCUUGGAGUUUCUAGUCCACUCUAGGUGGGGGAGACAUUGAAAGCAG